CAAAUACACCGCGCUCUGUUUCUCAGGGAGCUUGUUUUAGCGGUUGCACGCAGUCAUCGCGAUAAACGCAUGUGGUUAUGUUUGUAGUUCAACGCUUCUGUAAUCAUCAAACUUUCGUGCUUUGUUCCUGAAAUAAAUCGCCACAUACUGCCGAAAUGAAGCUGUUAACGCAUAACAUGUUGACAUCACAUGUGAAAGGAGUGGUUAAAGGAUACCCACUUAUUAUCAAGGCAACAGAAGUGAAAGUGAAUGAGUUGGAGUUCAAUGCUCAGUUUGUGAGCCGGAUGAUUCCUAAGCUGGAGUGGAGCGCCUUGAUCCAGGCUGCAGAAUGGCUUGGACAAUCUCAGGACCUGCCCAGCACACUCAUACCAAACUAUGAAAAUGAUGAGGAGUUUCUGCGCAAAGUUCACAGAGUUCUUCUGGAGGUUGAGGUCAUAGAGGGAUGUUUACAGUGUCCUGAAUCUGGCAGAGAGUUCCCCAUCUCCAAAGGAGUUCCCAACAUGUUACUCGAUGAAGGCGAGUAGAUCAAGCUGCUGCACGCAUCCCAGAAAAGCUCUAGACUGUUUAUUGGACCCAGAUGUUUAUUUUAGAUAUCUGGGGUGCCGUUUUCUUCAGAGGAGGAUGGAAAAAACACCAUAAUCCACUAGUUAUUCUGAUUUACACCGUCAUGUUCAGUGUCUCUUUCCAUUUGGUUACUAUGAGAAUUUACAUUCUGUUGUUUCUGUCAUUGUAUGUUGUGCUUUGUAAAAUAUUAAAUAAAUUUGUAUUAAUUUA